CAGACAGAGGAACCAGCCCCCUGUCUGCCAGCUCAGCUGACAACAGCAGCACCUCGGAAACCAGAUAAUGAUGGCAGACUCUGGAAGUAACGAAGCAGUAGCUGUGAUCGGUAACACCGACAUCACUUCAACGGAAUCCGAAAACAACUUAAUAAACACGAUGGUGGAAAGAGGAUCAUCCCUGUUAAUAAAAAUGGAGAUCAAUGUGUCAGAGGCAGAGAAGAGAACAGGGAAGAACACGGUUAACAUGCAGGAAACCUACACGGUCUAUCUCAUAGAAACACGUCCAGCUGAGUCUGUCCCAGAGGGAAGUACACCUGCAGCACCUGACACCCUGUGGAGACGCUAUAGUGAGUUUGAGCUGCUCAGAACGUAUCUCCUGGUCACCUACUCAUACAUCAUCAUCCCCCCUCUACCAGAGAAAAGGGCCGAGUUUGUGUGGCACAAGCUGACAGCAGACAACCUGGACCCCGAUUUCGUCGAGCGCCGGCGAGUUGGUCUGGAAAACUUCUUGCUGCGAGUUGCAUCACAUCCUGUCCUUUCCAAUGACAAAAUCUUCUUCCUCUUUCUGACGGAGGAGAAGGGAUGGAGGGAGGCUGUUUUGGAGACAGGUUUCCAAGACAAGGUUGACUCCAGACUGAAGUCUCUGAGUGCGAGUUUCAGAGUCAAGAACCCUGACAAGCGAUUCACAGCAUUGAAACAGUACAGUGAUGAAUUGAACACUGUUAUCACUCAGUUACUGAGGGUGCGGGCGAGAGUAGCAGACAGGCUGUAUGGAGUUUACAAGGUCCAUGGUAACUAUGGCCGAGUGUUCAGUGAGUGGAGUGCGAUAGAGAAAGAGAUGGGCGACGGUCUACAGAGUGCUGGCCACCACAUGGACACGUAUGCUGCAUCAAUAGACGACAUUUUGGAGGAAGAAGAGCAUUACGCAGACCAACUGAAAGAAUACCUCUACUACACCGAAGCUGUCAGGUCAGUGUGCAGGAAGCAUGAGUUGGUCCAGUAUGAGUUGGAGAUGGAAGCUCUGGAUCUUGGACAUAAGAAACAACAGAAAGAAGAGCUGGCUACAGGGACGGUGCGAGUGUUCUCCCUCAAGGGGAUGACCAGUAAGCUGUUUGGCCAUGAGAGCCCAGAGCAGAGGGAGAGCAGGCUGGCAGCCUUGGAGCAGAGUAUCCAGGAGGGGGAACAAACGCUGAAGGAGAAGAACACAGAGUGCCAAGAGUUUGUGCGAGCUGCCUGGGAAGACAUCGAGCGCUUCAAGGAGCAGAAGGACAAUGAUUUGCGGGAAGCUCUAAUCAGCUAUGCCAUUAUGCAGAUCAGCAUGUGUAAGAAGGGAAUCCAGGUGUGGUCCAAUGCCAAGGAGUGUUUCAACAAAAUGUGAGCCACUUCCCAGCCAAUCACUCUCCUGCACCAAAGCAAUAGUCAGACAGAUUGUUCAGAGUGGGACCUGCAGUCUUAUGGAGAAGGCAAUGGGAGCCCAAAUUUUGACUUCAUUUCCUUUUGCUACACAGAUUUGAAGCCACUUGACAGGACUCUCUAUCACAUUUUCUCUCUCACAACAUGCACACGCGCACACACACACACACACACACACACACACACACACACACACACACACACACACAAUUCACACAAACGUUUCCAAACCUUUAAGAUCCCUGUGUGGUAUUCAGAUACGAUUCUGCGCAACUUUCAUAAUGCAGAUGAUUCAAAUGAACAAAUGUCCAUCCUUUGCUGCAAAUCUGGCAGCAUGUCCAAGAGGAAAAUCCUAAUGUGUGAUAACUACCCAGUAGGAAUAGCUGUGUAGUUUAUUUCAGUUGUUAUACUUAUAGGUCUUAUCUCUUACCCUAAGAAAAGGAAGGUGAUGGGAGUGAGAGCCAGUGGUUCAUAUAAAACUGCAACAAUUAGAAGUCUGAGUUCAAACAUUUUGAAAGAAGGCCGGAUUAAGAACUUUUUUUUUUGUACAUCAGUGACCAUCAUCCAGCCUGUUUGGUCUAAUUUUACACAUUAAAACACAAUGUAUUGUCAACUACACUCAAAACAAUUAUCUUAGACUUUGAUGAUGAGUCACCUACUGUAUAUUUAGGUCUGUUGAAUUUCUAAUUGACUCUUUGCAAGAGACUCUGUAAUCUGUGUCCCCAGACCUCCUACAUGUAGCAGAACUGAACAGUGAAAGGGAAUCAUUGUGAGGAUUGUUGCUGUACUCUUCUACCACUACUUUCUCUCAGGCACAAAUAAGAUCAGGGAUGCUGUAGCUAAAUUUAAUAUGAAAAGUUGACAACAAUUCUUAAUUCACUACGUUCCUCUCUUUGGGAAUGUUAUCUGAUAAAAAUGUCAGCUAAUGAAUCAGACCAAAAUAAUCAGAGGGAAGUGCAGGGCAGCAUGGGCAACACUUAAGGAAGUCCCUUUAUGGUUACAGCAGGUUUCCUUUUCUUGAAUAAGAUGUUCUACACUUCAUGCUGAAGUCAGUCUUUAUGCUGCUAUUAAUCAAUAGCCGACCAAAGAGCCUUCAACCUGGUACUUGUAUGCUAUAUUUUUCAGGAGGAGACAAAAGGAGAAGGGAAGUUAAAGAUGUGGAUCUUUUUGUUUUGUGCUAGAAGCAUAGAGCAUAGAGUUAAAAGUCAUAAAGGCUUUGCACAGUUUCAGUUACAGUAAAGCCUUUUUUUUAUGUCUUGUCCUCCUUAAUGAAGGCCAGAAUCAUGGUGCCCCCACACGCUGCCUGAUGUACAAAGUGCACCAAACAUGAAAAUCAAGAGUCUUUUCUUUAGACUGCCAGAGCCUCUAGCCUUAAGAAGAACAUUGGUUUUGCACAAAAGGGUAGAGGUUAGAUUGUGAAGAUCAAAACGCUCUUUCAGCCUCUUUCUUUAUCACCAAACUAAAUAAUCAACCUUAGUUCCAAGAAUGCCUCGGGUUGCUUUUUUAUGAAAAAUAACGACCAAAUUUGUGAACAUUUUUAACUGUUUGUUUAAUCCUUAAGAUCUGGCUCACUAGAUCUGCUCUACAUUUAAAAUCUGCCACUAUUGCUUUGUUUUCUGAUCUUCGUGUUAGGAGGACAAAUGGGUGUAAAAAUCAAUGUGACAUGUAAGUGAAAAUAAUAACCAAUCUAAUGAAAUGAUCCCAAAUUAAAGCUUUGCUGUACGUUUUUAUUAUAAAUAGGCAACAUGAAAUGAGAUUGUUUUUUUAUGUAAUCAUUGUGCUAAGACACUAAUAAAAAUAUUUCUUUUUGUAA